GCCGAGCCGUGCGGGGCCACACCGCGCCCUCCCCGGGCGCCCGUCGGCUCGCAUGCCGAGGGGCUCCGGGGCGUAGCUGCGCGCCCGGCGCCGCCUCCGGGCUCCUCCGGCCCCACCAUGGGCUGCUGCAGCUCCGCCUCCUCCGCCGCGCAGAGCUCCAAACGAGAAUGGAAGCCUCUGGAAGACCGUAGCUGCACAGACAUACCAUGGCUGCUGCUCUUUGUCCUCUUCUGCAUUGGGAUGGGAUUUAUUUGUGGCUUUUCAGUAGCAACAGGUGCAGCAGCGAGACUAGUGUCAGGAUACGACAGCUAUGGAAAUAUCUGUGGGCAGAAAAAUGCAAAGUUGGAAGCAAUACCAAACAGUGGCAUGGACCACACCCAUCGGAAGUAUGUAUUCUUUUUGGAUCCAUGCAAUCUGGACCUUAUAAACCGGAAGAUCAGGUCUGUAGCACUGUGCGUAGCAGCAUGUCCAAGACAAGAACUGAAAACCCUGAGUGAUGUUCAGAAGUUUGCAGAGAUAAAUGGCUCAGAACUAUGUAGCUACAACCUAAAGCCUUCUGAAUAUACUACAUCUUCAAAAUCUUCUGUUCUUUGCCCCAAACUACCAGUUCCAGCGAGUGCACCUAUUCCAUUCUUCCAUCGCUGUGCUCCUGUGAACAUUUCCUGCUAUGCCAAGUUUGCAGAGGCCCUGAUCACCUUUGUCAGUGACAAUAGUGUCUUACACAGGCUGAUUAGUGGAGUAAUGACCAGCAAAGAAAUUAUAUUGGGACUUUGCUUGUUAUCACUAGUUCUAUCUAUGAUUUUGAUGGUGAUAAUCAGGUAUAUAUCAAGAGUACUUGUGUGGAUCUUAACAAUUCUGGUCAUACUGGGUUCACUUGGUGGCACAGGUGUACUCUGGUGGCUGUAUGCAAAGCAAAGACGGUCUCCCAAAGAAACAGUUCUUCCUGAACAGCUUCAGAUAGUUGAAGAUAAUCUUCGGGCCCUCCUCAUCUAUGCCAUUUCAGCUACAGUGUUCACAGUCAUCCUGUUCCUGAUCAUGUUGGUUAUGCGCAAACGUGUCGCUCUCACCAUUGCCUUGUUCCACGUGGCUGGCAAGGUCUUCAUUCACUUGCCGCUGCUGGUCUUCCAACCCUUUUGGACUUUCUUUGCUCUUGUCUUGUUUUGGGUUUACUGGAUCAUGACACUUCUUUUUCUUGGCACUACCGGCAGUGCUGUUCAGAACGACCAAGGCUUUGUGGAGUUCAAAAUUUCUGGGCCUCUGCAGUACAUGUGGUGGUACCAUGUGGUGGGCCUGAUUUGGAUCAGUGAAUUUAUUCUAGCAUGUCAGCAGAUGACUGUGGCAGGAGCUGUGGUAACAUACUAUUUUACUAGGGAUAAAAGGAAUUUGCCAUUUACACCUAUUUUGGCAUCAGUGAAUCGUCUUAUUCGUUAUCACCUUGGUACGGUGGCAAAAGGAUCUUUCAUUAUCACAUUAGUCAAAAUUCCUCGAAUGAUCCUUAUGUACAUUCACAGUCAGCUCAAAGGAAAGGAAAAUGCUUGUGCACGAUGUGUGCUGAAAUCUUGCAUUUGUUGCCUUUGGUGUCUUGAAAAGUGCCUAAAUUAUUUAAAUCAGAAUGCAUACACAGCCACAGCUAUCAACAGCACCAACUUCUGCACCUCAGCAAAGGAUGCCUUUGUUAUUCUGGUGGAGAAUGCUUUGCGAGUGGCUGCCAUUAACACAGUGGGGGAUUUCAUGUUAUUCCUAGGCAAGGUGCUGAUAGUCUGCAGCACUGGCCUGGCUGGGAUUAUGCUGCUCAACUACCAGCAGGAUUACACAGUAUGGGUGCUGCCUCUGAUCAUCGUCUGCCUCUUUGCUUUCCUAGUCGCUCAUUGCUUUCUGUCCAUUUACGAAAUGGUAGUGGAUGUAUUAUUCUUGUGUUUUGCCAUUGAUACAAAAUACAAUGAUGGGAGCCCUGGCAGAGAAUUCUAUAUGGAUAAAGUGUUGAUGGAGUUUGUGGAAAACAGUAGGAAAGCAAUGAAAGAAGCUGGUAAGGGAGGCGUUGCUGAUGCCAGAGAGCUAAAACCGAUGUUCGCAAAAUGGAUUGAAGCUAGAAAGAAAUCGGGCAAGAGGAUCAGCAAAGAGGCAAUAACUGCUGAAGAAAAGGUGACUGGUCUCAUGAGCCCGGAGGAGCUCGGAGGAGGUUGUUUACAUGAGGUUCUCCCACUCACCAGCUGUUGACUCUGCAGAUGAAGAGCCAGAUCUUAUUACUUCAAUGGAAGCGUGCUACAAGGUCCCCAAACCACUGAGCCAAGCGGGUUUGGUAUGGUGGGACUGUCUAAUAAAUGAUUAAUA